AAGUGAAACUGGGUCUGAUGGGAGACUUCCAGUUUCAUUUCUCCAGCUGCAGAAGUGCUGAGAUCCCAGUAGUGUACAGUGGGCUACUGUGAUCUCUAGUCAUCUUCCCUCAGCUGUCCAGAAAAGAAGCAGACUUCAAAGUGAAUAAACAUCAAGGUUCAUUCAGCCUUUCGACGUUCAGCUCAGCAGACCAACUGUCCAUCAUGAACCCAAUGCUAACAAGAUGCCAGCAGAAAACAAUCUGCUCUCAGCUGGGAAGAGUCAAACUGCGGCUGCUCUACAAGGCCAGCAUCCAUGGUUUCACUGGUGCCGACUUCCACCAGCGAUGUGACACCCACUCUCCCACUGUGUCUGUGGGCUUUAACACCUCCGGCUACGUGUUUGGAGGCUACACCAAACAACCUUUUAGUCAGUCAGGACAAUAUGGUCACGAUGACCAGGCCUUUCUUUUCGCCUUCAGUGGAGAAAAGCUCCUGAAAUAUCCAGUCACUGCUCCUGUAUAUGCAGUGAGAAUGGUCGCUAACUCUGGUCCUUACUUUGGAGAAGCAUUGGUUCUUGUCAGUCAAAGCAAAGCAGUAGUGUAUAGUAACCCAGGAAAUUACUACAACUUCACUGCUGCAGAAAUGCACGGCAAUGAUCUCAACCUGACUGAGUGUGAAGUCUACCAGGUGGAGGAAACCACUGAACUUGAGAGGCCAUGGAGGACAGUAACCUGGGAGUCACUGAAGAGGCAGGAGCUGAUGGCGAGCAUUAAAACCUACAAACCCACACUCAGCUCUGUGUCCCAGCCUCGAGUUCUUCUCAUCGGAUCAGUCGGAGCAGGAAAGUCCAGCUUCUUUAACUCCAUCAACUCUGUGUUCAGAGGCCACGUCACCAGCCAGGCCAUAUCUGGCUGCUCCAGCACCAGCCUCACCACACAGUUUCGCACCUACUCUGUGAAAGCUGGACGAGAAGGCAAACCUCUGCCAAUCAUCUUGUGUGAUACCAUGGGAUUGGAGGACAACAAAGGGGCGGGGCUUGACGUAGAUGACAUCAGCAGCAUCCUAAAUGGUCAUUUGCCAGACCGUUACCAGUUCAACCCCUCAGCUCCUCUGAAUUCAGAGACUCUUGCUUAUCGCAAGUCUCCAGGGCUGAAGGACAAGAUCCACUGUGUGGCCUACGUCAUUGAUGCCUGUAAGAUCUCCAUCAUGUCCACAAAGAUGGAGGAGAAGCUGGAUGCUAUCCGCAGAAAGGUCAACCGAAUGGGGAUUCCUCAGCUGGUCCUGCUCACUAAAGUAGAUGAAGCUUGUCCUUUGGUGAAAGAGGAUGUGAGAAACAUUUAUAAGAGCGGCUACAUUAAGGAACUGAUGCAGGAGGUCGGCGCUCGGCUCGGUGUGCCGCUGUCCUGUGUUGUUCCAGUGAAGAACUACAGUGAAGAGUUGGAGCUGGACAUGAACUGUGACAUUCUGCUGCUCAGCGCCGUCAUUCAGAUGCUUCGCUUUGUUGAUAAUUACUUUGAUGAGCUCAGUGACAGACUGAGCAAAGUUGAAAUCAAAGAUGUGGAAUACAGAUAAGUCCAACAUUCAGCCCAUGAGUGCAUCUAGUUCAGGCUCACUGGACUAAAGGCAACAUAUCAACAUUCAAACUUCUCUCAUGUCACGCAGUAUUCCAAGAUUCCUAACCUUGUAGUCACACCAAAUGGCUAAAUGCUUAAGCUAGCUUUUGUUAUCAUAUUCUACAUUUGUAAGGCUUUAUGAAUAGUUAAAAGAGCACAGAACUCCUAUAUAGUCAAGUCUAGUACUUCAUGGUGUCUGUGGGGCCAUUUUGUACAAAUGGCUUGUUGACAUUUCUGUGGUCUUCUUCUGUCAAGUAAAUAAAAUGUAGUGCAGAUUCAGGAUAUGUGAAACUCUAAGACCCAAUCCUAAUCUUCUGUAUGCGGUCACUUGGUAUUCCUUGUGUGUUCAAAUGGUACAAAGAGAAAGAAAUGGAAGCACUAUUCAGUCAACUCACAUUGUCUGGAAACAAAAUAUUUCUAUUUGCAAUUUAGUAAAGCCAUGAACAUCUGUAAAUCUACGCCAAUGUUUUUCUGGAAAUACAAACAACUCUGUGCAGAUUCUCAGAAAGGGUGAUUGAUAGUGAUGGAGUGCUUCAGAUCUUUUGUCACUCAGUGGGAACACACCUCAAACUCUCUGAGUCAGGAGUGUUGACUUCAGGGUUGGCCUUUGUCUCCUUUGGAAUAUCCCAAUGCCCCUAGGAAUGCUGGGAGAUGUAGUCUCUUACGGCUGCAGAUCACCUCCAGUUCCUGAUUUCCAAAACCUUUUUUUUUUGGCAGUUAAUGUUGUUUGAGAUGUUAAUUCUGUAAAUUAUUUGCAACAUCUGUGUAAAACCGUAACUCCAUAGCAAAAUGUUUUUUUAAAUCAUAAUUUUUGUUCUGUAUUUGUUUACAAACAAGCUUUAAAAAGGUUUAUUUAAUAUUUACAAUAAAGCCUAUAAGUAUUGCAGAGUUCUGUGUACUGCAUGACGACCACAUUAGAGAACCUGACAUUCAGUAGCUGCUACAUAUGCUUCCUUGUAUAAAGUCUUGCAGUUCUGCAGUAUUUAAUGUGUCUCUCAGACUGUCCUGACAGAUAAACUGAUGUUUGUUGUCAUGUUGCAUGUUUUGUAGAUUUAGCUUGUGCUUCCAUUUGUAUCAGAAAAUAAAAGCUGCUGCUGGCCAGACAACCAUAUUUUAACACUAAUAAUUUUCUGCCUUCAUUAAAAAGAGAAUGAACAAACCUGAA